AUGACAGCCCAGCCCAAAGUAUAUAUAAUAGUUGUCCUUCUUUCUAAGGAAAAUACUGGAGGACUUUGGGAUUCAUUGAAGAAAGCAGCUUUUGUCAUUGGAUCUGGACUUUUCUUCCUGGUCGCAUUUAGGAACUCCGUAACAUGGCAUUUGCAGAAGUUUUGGGGAGCAUCUGGAGAUUUCUGGCAGACACAGUGGACUAAACUUCACUUGGCCUUUGGUGAAAAUGAGGCUGCCUUGUUUUUUAUUGGAACCAUGUUGGUACCCACUCUUUCUUUUUGGUUGUUUAAUGCCCUCCUGAUGGUGGUUGACACAACUGGGAAACCAAACUUCAUCACUCGCUAUAGGAUACAGGCGGACAAAAACAAUCCGGUGGAUUCGACCCGGUUGCGUCAUGCAGUGAAAAAGGUGCUUUUCAACCAGGUCUUUCUGUCAGGACCGCUGGUGGUGCUGACCUACAUAGUGAUGAACUGGCGUGGCAAGCCGUGUGCUCCUGAGCUGCCCACUUUUCACUGGGUCCUGUUGGAGCUGGUGUUCUGUGGCCUUAUAGAGGAAAUACUGUUUUACUACACUCACAGGCUUGUUCACCACCCAUCGCUCUAUAAGAGCAUCCAUAAGAUCCAUCACGAGUGGACGGCUCCUGUUGGAGUUGUGGCGCUCUAUGCGCACCCAGUGGAGCAUGUGUUGUCUAAUAUGCUGCCGGCUCUGAUUGGUCCAGUGCUGCUGGGCUCACAUCUGGCCACCACCAGCCUCUGGUUCACCAUCGCUUUACUGGUAACAACAGUGUCACACUGCGGUUACCACCUGCCCCUGCUGCCCUCGCCAGAGUUCCACGACUUCCACCACCUCAAGUUCAAUCAGUGCUAUGGAGUGCUGGGUGUGUUGGACAGGCUCCACGGGACAGAUGACAAGUUUCGUAAUUCAAAGGCAUACGAGCGACACACUGUAUUACUGAGUCUGACCCCUUUGAGCGAGAGCAUACCCAGUGAUGCAAAGAAAUCACAAGACUGACCUUGGUACUCAAUAUCUUUGUGUUUUCACCUUUGGACAUGUGUUGUUAUAGUCUCCAAGGCUUUAUAAAUUGACCAAGAUGUUUGCCAACAUCAGCAAGUAUAAUGGAUCUGAAUUCACAAUCAGUUACUGUACUAUGGGCCCAUAUUCCUGCUUUUAUCAAUCUUUAUUGCUGUAUUAAGGUUCAGAUUUUGUCUUUUAACCUAAAGAUUUUUAAUAUUGUCAAGAUCAAGCGCAUUCAGUUCAUCCAGAUCGGCUCUGUUGAUUUUGCACUGUCAUUGUAUGAGUUCAGGGUUCACGUUCUGUUUUUCUGCACUCAAAUGACCUGCUGUCAUGAAGAGAUAUCCUCACAAAGCAUUCUUUCGCAAGAUGUUCUUGUACAAGUAGGGAAGUGAGGGAAUGGUGUGUUUUACUGUUAAUUCUCAGUGUCAUAACUUUUUUUAGGGGGGGAAUGGUUUUUGCAAUGCUAAGACUUAUGAUUGAUGCUAUACGUUAAUUCUUAAAAUGUACUAACAGAAAUAACAUAACAAUUGUCUAAUAGUUGUACACAUAACUGACCAAAUCCUAAUAUAAAUAUUACUUGUAUACAAAAAAUAUUAAAAUUACUACGCCACAAUUUCUAGAUUAUUUGGCCGUGAUAACCAGCUGGACUUGUUUGCAUUAAUGACUUAUUAAUGACAUUCAUAAUAUGCAUUAGUUUGUAAUAGUGUAUUUUGACCUUUAAACAUGUAGUGCUGUAAUGAAAAAUAAUAAAUUACCAACACUCUACAUUGUGCCCCUAAGUAAAGAACUUUGAACCCCCUGAACUUUGCCUGCACUCCUUUAUUUUUGAUUGUGCCCCUAAAUGUUAUACUUUUUGAUAUCAAAAAUCAGUUCACAAUUUAGCAUCUUCAGUGUUUGGCCAUAUUUGGCUCCACAAUAUUUGUCAGAUCUUUUAGUACCCUACACCCCAGCACGUAACCUCCAUUCUACUGGAGCUGGUCUUUUAAUGGUCUCGACAACUCGCUUAAAAUCUAUGGGUGAUGGGGCUUUUUCCUCUCUGGGCCCAAAGAGAAAAAUUGAUGUCUUAUGCUGCUAUACCUCACACCGUGCCACUAGCAAGCAGAUGAAGAAAUGCAGUCUGAGCGAGGGGUGUUUCUCCUCUGAGAUAAGAAAUGCAGAAUCUCUUAAUAUUUUUAAAUCCUCUCUUAAAACUUACUUUUUUAGGGUAGCUUUUAUGUGAGAUAUGUGAGUGCCUUGUUUUUAUUUAUAUUUGCAUUGUAUAAUUUGUUUGGUGAAAUUGCUUGUUUUUCUUUUUGUUUUUAUCUUGUUGUAUUUGAUUUCUAGUAUAUGUUGAAUUUUUGUCCCUCUAUUUUUACUUAU